AUGGAAAUUAGUUCUGUGAAUUCCAUCCAUCGAACAUGUCCCAACAACAUGUCGACCACGGAGACAGCGGUGUACUUUUUUCGCGCCUACAUAACUCCAAUUCUUUUGAGCAUUGGAAUUCCCUCAAAUCUCUUCGUCUUUAUCGUGUUUGUUCGACUACAAAAACGUCAAGCUUGUAGAUUUAACAUUUAUGUUAUGUAUCUGGCUAUAGCGCAUGUAUUUCAAUGCAUUGGUGAGUCGUUAUUGGAUCAUUUCAUUGGCCGUGGACUCUGGUUUGCUUCUGGGUGUACUAUUGACUUUAAACUCGACACUCAAUCACUCUUUGCAUGCAAAUUUGUCUCCUACUUGCCAACAGCAACAGAAUUGCUUGCAGCAGUCACUUUAGUCUCCUUUACAAUCGAUAGAACAGUUACCAUCUAUCGUCCGAUUCAUUCUCGUGGUGACCUUCACCUAAAUUAUGCCCGUCUGGGGCUGCUUCUUGCCUUUGUCUUCACUUUCGUCUCCUUUAUCCCUGCAGCUAUCUACUACACCUUGGAACGCAGCCCCGACGGUAAGCUGCGUUGUGCUCUUGUGGAGCCCACCUCACCUGGACCGCGAUAUGUCAUUCUCAUGUCUGUCAUCUGCUCCUACACCGCUCCCACCAUCACCAUCCUCGUCCUCAAUAUUCUCAUCUGUUACAAACUCAAGUACCUCAUUCGCAGCGGUGGGAUCAAAUCAACCACUUCGUAUAAACAAAAACUCGAAAGACGUCGUAUCCUCGGUCACUUGGGUGUCUGCUCCUUCUUUCUUUGUCUGUCAAUUCCACUGGUAAUUUGUAUGGCCUUGCGUCAGUACGCUGACGCCAAAAACUACGCUGAAACCGCAAAAGACUUUCACAAAGAGGUUGUUCAGCUUACCAAGUUCUUCAGCUCCUUCACUGCCAUACAAUACUCCACAGAUAUCAUCAUUUACUUCGUUUUCUUGCCCAAUGCACGCUCUGAGGCUCUGCGCAUACUUUGUGGCAGUGAACGAUUUCAGCGAUGUAGUCUGAUUCGCCGAAUCUACACAAAACAUGUGAAAGAGAGUUCACAAGAACGACGCAAACGGAUGUCUACUGUAAUGUCUCGUGUGCAAGACACUAAAGGCAAUAGCAGAGGCUACUCUCUGUCUAAAGAUUCUGUCUCCAGCAUUUCAGAAGUACCCAAAUGA